AUGACUAAAAGAAGACUUCAAGUCGUGUGUCGCAUGCGUUCGCGUGCGUACGGUUUGAGAACGAUGAGUUAUAAGGCAAAAGAUAAUUUUGAACAAGUAAUUACAACGGUAAAAUAUAGCUUGUGCAACAUUGUUAUUAAUGAAGUGCUUGCGAUCGUCUGCAAUAAAAUAGACGUCAUAGACAAGGACAGUAUUUGUCGAAUCUGUGAAAAAGCGUUUUCAGAAAACGAAAUAACAAUAGCGAAGAAUUUACUUUUUGAUUCGAUCUCAAACAGCAAGAAGAAGACGAGAAAGCGGAAAGGAAAAGUGUUGAGAGACAUAGAGGAUAUUAUUUGUUGUCUUAAAGAAAGUGAUCCAGAGCUAGUUCCCAUUUUUGUAGCUCGGGAAUUGCACAAACUACCUCCAGUGUCGUUCGAUCACCUGGACACUACUCGGAUCUACAAGGAUCUUGUUAAGUUAAGACAGGAUAUAAAUAGAAUUUCAGAAAAUUACGUAACCAAAGAAGAAAUACUAGAACUAAAAUCAAAACCGCGCCCUGCACACAGGCCACCCAUUGAUAAAUCGUUGCCGACGGCGACACAUAUUGUAAACAACGAUACUUUAGAACUUACCGGCGAUUCUAAUACACAAGUAAUUACUACAAAAUCUAAGAAAUCAUUUGCAAAUGUAGCCAAAACGGAAAGCAACGACGUGGAGUCUGUAUAUGUGCUUGGGGACUUUAAUGCGCAUCCGGGUGAGUUAUUUGGAAAUGAAUUAUCAAACUUCUGUGUCGAACUAAGGUGGUCGUGCGUGGACAUAGAAAUGCUUCCUCCGGACAGUUGUACAUUUGUGAGUGACGCGCACGGCUGUCGGCGCUGGCUCGAUGAUUGUGUGACGACCGACGCGGCCAGGCGCUCGAUUCGUAGUGUUGCGAUUUUUUACCUGCCGGAGGAUCUUGUGCACACUGUAGUGGUACCAAUAUUGAAAAAUAAAACAGGGGAUGUAUCCAAUGUUGCGAAUUAUAGACCGAUCUCACUAGCCACGGUCAUAGCUAAGGUAUUGGACAGGCUGCUUGAUGGACAUUUGGAGAGGCAUAUUAAACUUCACGAUUCUCAAUUUGGUUUUAGACCCGGUCUUUCUACAGAGAGCGCCAUCCUUUGCCUCAAGCAGACUGUACAGCACUAUACAGCUAGAAAAACUCCUGUAUAUGCCUGUUUUUUGGAUCUAUCUAGGGCCUUUGAUACUAUAAUAUAUGAUGUACUAUGGAAUAAACUAAGGGAGGAGACGGAUGUACCCUUCGUAGUCACAUCUGUUUUGCAAUAUUGGUACCACAACCAACGCAAUGUAGUAAAAUGGGCAGGCGAGCGGUGUGAGACAAGGGGCUUGACCUCGCCUCGUCUAUUUAACCUGUACAUUAAUGGACGGCUUGGUGAGCUGGGUAAUAGCAGUAUCGGUUGUCAUGUGGGGGGCGUCUGCGUAAAUGACAUCAGUUACGCUGACGAUAUGGUAUUGCUAAGUCCCUCUAUCGGCGCGUUACGAAAAUUAUUAAGUAUAUGUGAGAGGUAUGCUGGUGCCCAGGGACUGAGAUACAACGCGAAAAAAAGUGAACUCCUGGUGUUUAAAGCCGAGUGCUGUUCGGAUUGCCGCGCUACUGUAGCGCCUCUGAAAUGUUUGCUGAGCUUUUAUGCUAUUAUUCGCAAGAGGAGUGCAUCUGCGUUUCGGAGGUUACGAGCUAGCUCGAACGGCAUUCUGUGUGCACUAGCUGACCGCUGGGACUCGGAAAUACUGCGCCACUGGAUACGGCUACAUGCUGUCUAA